GAAAAUUGUUUUGGAGCGGUCACGUUACCACAACUUCACUUUCCACUAGCUUCAUCAGAAUUUACCUGCAUCGCAAACUGUCCCACUGCCUUUAAAUAACUCUUCUACACGACGACAUCCUUUUACUGAACACAUUUACCAGUUGUGGUGAUUUGUAAUUCGUUUUUAUGAUAAGAGUCCACUCGAAAAUAUUUCGAGGAGGCGUCAGUCUUCAGUGUUAUUGUUUAGCUCUCUGGCUAGCCAGCUAACUUUAGCGUCGGUAGCGAUUUCAGGCGAAGGUAACGUUCGCGUUGGCAUAUAACCAGUGAAACGAAGGUCUGCUGUGUUUUUAUUUGGUUUUAUAUGUUGUCAUAAUAUCUGGGGAACCGCUGUCAUGGCUUAUUUCAUAACACUUGAUUAAAAAUGUCACUAAAAUGUUUUCAGCUAUUGCUAGCUAGCUAAUAACCGGCUAGUCACAGCGCUGCGUCUAUGACCGUCUAGUCUAGUCUAGUCUGCUCUGACCUGCAGUUGUUUGACUGCAAUCCUGUUUAUAUGACUUCGGCUUGAACCUGUUAUCUGUCUGCCAAAGACAUGCUUUAGCGUAUCUGUGGUCAGCCUGUGGUUAGGCUAAAACGGAAUUUACUCAUCGUUUAGCUUGAACUCCGAGUUUCAGAAGCUGCUGGAGCAGACAGUCCAAUUAAGCAUUUCAGAACAGUUUACUGUACAUAGCUUACGAAUCUGGAUAACACAAUGGCUGCAGACCUCCAAGCCAAGUACACCAAGCUGGCUCAAGAGUACUCCAAGCUCAGAGCACAGAACCAGGUUCUGAAGAAGGCUGUGGUGGAUGAGCAGGCCAAUUCCAACUCCUUAAAGGAGGAGCUAAAGCAGCGCGAGCAGUGCCUCAGAAAGGCUGAGCAAGAGAUGGACAGCCUGAGCUUCAGGAACCAACAGCUGGCCAAAAGAGUGGAGCUGCUGCAGGAGGAGCUGCUGACCAGUGAGGCCAAAGGCAAGAAGAGCAAGAAUAAAGGAGACUCCCCCUCCCAGCCAAGUUUUCAGACCCAGAGUGUGUUUGAUGAGGACUUGCAGAAGAAGAUUCAGGAGAAUGAAAGGCUUCACAUUCAGUUCUACGAGGCAGACGAGCUGCACCGCCAGCAGGAGGCACAGCUAAGAGCCAGAUUGGAGCAGCUGGAGAAGGAUGCUGAGCAGCACCAGACUGUUGUUGACAACCUCACUAGCAAAUACAUGGACACGAUUGAGAAACUGCAGAGCGACAAGGCUCGAUUGGAGAUUAAGGCUCAGACAUUGGAGAGGGAGGCCAAGGAGUGCAGACUCAGGACUGAAGAGUGCCAGCAGCAGCUGAGGAAGUAUCAGACUGAGCUGAGCAGUCAGCUGAAACACAACAGCAGUGUGAUCCAGGAGAAAGUGCCCUUCAAUGACACCAAAUACAAUGACUACAACAGCUUGAAUGUUCCCCCUCACAACAGAAGACAUCAGCUGAAAGCUCGAGAUGCGGCGGGGCAGGCUGUGAGUUUUGUACAAGAUCUGGUGUCUUCCCUCCUCAACUUUCACUCGUACACGGAACAGAGGGUCCACAUUUACCCUCUGGACUCUUCCAUUGAAUCCAUAUCUCCCCUCAACCAGAAGUUCUCUCAGUAUUUGCAUGAGAACGCAGCAUAUGUUCGUCCCCUAGAGGAUGGAUUGCUACAAGUACAUCAGAGCAUCACAGAGGACACAGUCACAGUACUGGAAACAGUGAGCAAACUGCAGGACUUUUCCAAAUCCUUUUCUACUUACACAAGCUUUCUGCAGAAGAUCCUGCCUUAUCAGCUUAAAAGCCUUGAGGAGGAGUGCGAUGUACCUCUCUGUACAGCUUCUCUAAACGCUAAGAACCGUGAGCUACAGAAUGACAUGAAGGCUUUGACUGCUGUCUUUGAGAAGCUGCAGAACUAUAUCAGCCUUCUAGCCUUACCUAGUGUGCGAUCGGAUGCUAUGCCUCAGAGUAGCUCCAGCGCUGUCUUCACCCAGCUGGCUGCCUGCUUACACGGAUUGCAUGACACCACCAAGGAGCUCUCCAAGCACUACAGUCAGAAAGUAACUCUGGAGCAGGAGCUGCCCACUGUCACCCAGAAACUGCGCACCACCAAUGAGUGCUUACUCUCUUCCCUGGCCUCUCUGACCAACAGCACUGGCAAGAUUGCCACAUUUUUCAGCAACAAUCUUGACUUCUUUGCUUCAUCGGCUGGUUAUGGGCCCAGAGGGGGUGCUGGAAGCCUCAACCCACUGCAAGCAGAGAGCAUGCUUAGUAACAAGAAGAAGACCUCUGCUUACAUUCUCACUGUUAGGAGGGCACGACCAGAGACUGUCCCAUACACAGAGGCUCUGUCUAACCGCCGCAUCCUGACCAGCUCCACGGAGAGCAGGGAGGGCCUGAUGCAGCAGGUACAGCAGAGUCAGGAGAAGAUUGCUCGUUUGGAGCAAGAGAAGGAGCACUGGCUGCUGGAGGCUCAGCUAGCUCGAGUGAGGCUGGAGAAGGAGAGCCAGCGCAUAGCCGAGCUGGAGGCCCAACUUUCGGCAGCUUUAGGGGGGGACAGUGUCACCACCUCCUCCCAGACUGGCUUCCUCACCCCAGCGUGCACUGACCCAGAAACAGAAGAGAAGACGGGCGGAGAGGUGUCUCACAGCACCAGUGUGGUUGGAAUGCUAACCACAACCCCCACCAAUGAGAUUGUUGGAGAUGAGGAGUCCCGGGAACAUCUGAUCAAAACUCACUACAUGACGCGAGUAGCUGAGCUCACCACUCAACUUCAGAUGUCUGACAGCAAAGCUGUGCAUUUUCAUGCAGAGUGCCGGGCACUGGCUAAACGUCUGACCAUUGCAGAGAAAUCUCGAGAGACUCUAACUGAGGAAGUAAAGCAAGCCAAUCAGAACAUCACACGCUUGCAGGAUGAACUGAGCACUACCAAGAGGAGCUAUGAAGACCAGCUGAGUAUGAUGAGUGAUCAUCUCUGCAGCAUGAACGAAACUCUCAGCAAACAGCGAGAGGAGAUCGACACGCUCAAAUUAGGCAACAAGGGAAAUUCCAAGAAGAACAAGGGCCGGUAGUGGGGUCUGCAUUACUUGUUGUGGAGGAGGAGCUGCUGGGACCAGACACAGUGAUCUGACCAACACCGGGGGCACAUGGCACCCAACACCUGCUCUGUUGUGUCAAACUGGCCAAACUUGACUUUGCGCUACAUUUCUAUACAAAUAGUUGGUGAAAUGCUUCUUUAUAUGUGUGAGGGAGCAGCUGCUUCAUUCUAUAUUCGUUGGGUCAGAGCAGUUUGAGGUGUGGAUGUUUCUUUCUGCCCAGUUUGUGUGUGUUUGUUGUGUCCACAUGAAAUUCUGUAAGUUCCUAUGUAAAGACUAUGUUUGUAGCUUUUUGUUUGUCUGUUUGUUUUUUGUAUUUUUAAUAAUGUCUUGAGUGAAUGAGUGUCUGUUAGUAUGCGUGAUUGUGAGGCUUGAUUUGGGGCGAAAUUUCCCAGAUUUACAGAGACGAGGCUGCCUCAGACCCAAAGAGUGAGCAGGUGGACUGCACAAUAUUAUUGUGAUUAUAUUGCAAUUUAUUGCAGUUGUAAUACGACUUAAGAUGUCAUGAAUGCAUUGCUAAACAUUUCAUGUGAUGUGGCUAAACGUAGGGCAUUCAUUCAAGUCUCAUGGCCAUGUUCCAUCCACCAUCUACAUGCAGGAUUUUCUGGUACGAAUUGUGUGAAUAUCAGUUAGUCUGUAGACUGGGAGAAAUCUAUGUUACUUGAGUGCAUUCUAGGCUGCUUUCUGACAGUUGCAGGAAUAUUACAGUGCGCUUUCAGAAAUGUAUCUGAGAUUGGUCAGUGUGCAGAAUUUCUUAUUGGAAAAAAAGAUGAUUAGAUAAUUUUUGGCAAGUGUUGGCAUCUGAAAUGUAGGCAAUACGUAUCUUUAACAUUUCCCAUCAUAACAUUACAAAUCUAUUAAAUCUAUUUCUACACAUUAUACCUUAUUUUAAAGGGCUCAUAUCAUAGAAAAGACAAAUUCCCUCACCUUUUUAAAAUUCCCAGUUACCCAGAGUUCAUGUGAACUUUUUUAAAAUCUACCAUUCAUCAUUCAGUCCGUACAGUCCCUAUAUGGAAACUAAGCUGAAAAAAGGCAGUUGUUUCUGUUGAGUGUUUCAGCCUGGACUGCUUUUUUAUAUAAAGCAGAAUACAGAACAAACAGAACGCAGCUCAUUUAUAAACAUCCGUCUUAAAGACAAAGUGAUGAAAACAGGAUAGAAGAAAAAUGGACAUUUUAUCAAGUGAAAUCUUGGCAGAUAAUUUAGCUGAAAAGAACUAAUAUUUCACUUAAUACGAUCACUUUAUAAACUUUCAAAUGACUAGAAAUCUAUUCUCACAAUAAAAGAAGACAACUAGACAAAGGCAAGUACAUAAUGGGAAAUUCUAGACAUACAGGCCUUCAUUUAAGAUGCUUUCUCUUGCUAAGAAAUUGUUUUUGCAGUGCAUUCCUGCUUUCUGUACUGCAUGGCAGAGGACAAAGUUGUGAUAAUGAUUUUAAAAAUGAUGUAUUGUGCUGCACUAGUGAGUGAAACACACAUAAAUCUCAUCUAAACACAUGUUAAUCCUGUGCAGAAGACUAGUAUGUACCUCAGUAGUGCUGAUUACUCACGCAUGUAGCCAGAGGAAAAAUCAGAUGUAAAGAGCGUAAUAUUAUGAUGAAGAUGCUCUGUUGUCGGUGAUCACUAAAUUGUUAUGAAUAUGCACUGAGCAGAUUUGUCUGCAAAAAAAGGAAUCAUAAGUGGAUGAUGAAAAGGGUUAAUGUGAAUGGUAACACUACUGAAGGGCAGCGUUCCUAAGGCUACAAGACACUUACAUAAGCCUGUGUACAGACCGCUGAAGAAGGCCUAUUUCAACAAGCGUUAGUUGUCAUAAGACUUGCUGAGGUGAAUUUACAUCAGAAUUGGCAAAAGCAGCCUUUAUGUUCAUGUAGGUGUCAUGUGGCCUUACGUUUGCUGCCCCUCAGUAAAAUGUUACCAUGUGAAUACAUUCAGUUUGUCUCAUUUCCAUUCAUGUACUGUCUUUUUUUUAUUCUCUUUAUUAAGAAAUUAUACUACCAAUGUUUUAUGCAAUGGCUUUGAAAAAUGUUUCUCUUUCAACCAAUGAAAUCAGUGUUGUAUAUGAUUAAUGUGCUCAUAAGACUCAUCAACCAAACAUGACGAUUAUCAGACAACUUACAGAACAAGACUUAAUCCACUCCGUUUAAACUGUGUCUGUAUUCAUGCAGUUUUGAUGACUGGUAUGUUUGCAAACUUGUGAUUUUUAUUAAAUAUGUUGGCCCAAAUGCAGUUCUAAAUGUGAAUCACACAUGAGAGUUUACAAAGUUCCACACAGCUGGUUGGUCCGCAAGUUUACAGAAUUGUUGUUUCAGUGAGGCUGCUUUACAUUCUCCUCCCUCCAGACUGUACACCGUCUUUACAGAACUGCCUCUGGGCUGAAGUGUUUGUCCGUUUAAUCCCAUUCGGUUACUGACCACAUACCAAAAACGUGUACUUAGGCAAAUUAAACAUGAUACACUUGUGAAGUAAAUAAUAAAAUUGUCAAAUUUG